GAUCGCUCGUGUUCCCAAGUCACUGCAACAUUGCUUGCGAUUGUCUUCAAGUGCAUUCGAUGCGAAACAGCAGCCAUGUAUUUGUUUAUAUUCGUUGUGAACACAGCAAUAGCUCUAGCCGUCCUUUGCAUAUGGCGGCGAGAUUUUUUGUCUCGCAUUUGUGAUAUUUACCUCGUAUAUCGAUACCCAAUCCAUGACUUUGAGACCGGUCAGCCCUUACCAACUCACCCAUACGUAUUCCCGAACGGACAGGGUAAUUACGAAAAGUUGGUUCGUGGUCGUGAGAAUAGUCCAAAGUGGGCGAAAGAGUACGGCCCACUGUACCGAAUAUGGUCAGGCUUCACUGGAGAAAUUAUUGUAACUCGACCGGCCGACAUUGAGGCUGUUUUCAGGGAUUCUCACGCUCAUAUCAAGGCCAUAGGCAACAAUUUUGGCUACCUGGGACAUCGCUUGAUAGGUGAUUGCUUAGGUCUUGUCAGCGGGUCGGUAUGGAGAUCCAUUCGCCGUGCUACAGAGCCACCGCUUCUGCGUACCUCCACAGCGAGCCAUGUUGAUACCGUGAAGGAGGAGGCGAGAAACCACCUGGCCGGAGUGAUUGAUCCUACGUCGAAGUCAGGUCAGCUGCAUAUCAAGACAGAUCUAAGAUUCUAUCCAUUCAACGCGCUCGCCAGAAUUCUAUAUGGAGAGUUAUCCCCAGAGCUGCAGACCCGACUACUGGCCUUCAUUCCCGCAAGAGACAAGAUCAACAUUGCAAUCGUUCUUGGCGGGAUGACUCGAUUCUGGUUCUCCAAAUUCUUGCCUUUGUCAGAUAUUCAGAUCCUGGAAAAGUUCAAGUCAGAAUGGAGCCAAUGGAAUGAUGACGCCCACAGAGAAGCUGUCGAGAAAGCCGCGUCCGGGCAAGCCAAACAGCCUGGCCCCAUCAUACAAAUGUAUGAGGCUGUAGCGGACGGAAGCAUGACCCGCGAAGCACUACUGCAAACACUUGAUGAAAUGCUUUUCGGAAACCUUGACGUUGCGGUAGUUGCUCUGGCGUGGGAUCUAGUUUUCCUUGCCAAUGAUCAAGGGGCACAGAACAGAGUGCUAGAGGAGAUUAGAAACGAAUGCACGCCCGAGAAAGAAGACGCAUUUCUUCUGUCCCAGAAUAAUUUCCUCCAAAACAUCAUCCUUGAGGCAGGUCGGCUGCGUCCCGCGUCCCCAUUCUCGAUCUCGCAAUCAUGCCCUACGCCACGCCGCGUUGGUAACUUCAUGUUUCCAGCAGGCACGAAUUUCGUGGUUGAUUCUUAUGCUCUAAACGUAAGAGAUCCACUUUGGGGCCCUGAUAAUACAACCUUUCGACCGGAGCGAUGGCAGGAAGGAGGCGUUAAACGAGCCAAAGAUAUACGCUAUUGUUACUGGCGCUUUGGCUUCGGACCUAGGUUGUGCGUGGGAAAAUACGUGGCUGAUCUGAUGCUCAAGACUAUGAUCGUAGAGCUGGUCAAAGAUUGGGAACUAAAACUAGUCAAGGAGAACGGAGAGCCUUGGGCAUUCGACCCUGAAACUUGUUUCAGUCUCGAUGAUCCUGACAUGCGUCUUUCUUACACGAGAAGAAAGCAAUAAAGGAGCAUAGCCGAACAACUAUGCAAGAGUUACCUGUAAGUUGACGUGUAAGCCUAUAGCAUAUGGCGCCAUUCAACAUGCGCUGCCGUCAGCAUCGCGGAAGGCUGUGGAUUCAUUAUGACCAGAGGGUCGGAAGCUGGUCGCAGGUUGUGAAAGAGAGAACGGGAGGGAAGAUGAGAUGUAUUACAAGACAUGAUGUUGUAUAUGAGAUUAGGCAUGUGUGAAAUUCUAGCUUACUAUUCGUGAGAGGUCGG